AUGAAUCGAGAAGAGCAUGAGGCUCAUUUAAGGAAAGUUUUGAAGAUUUUAAGAGAGAAUAAGUUGUAUGCCAUGUUUUCAAAAUGUGAAUUUUGGUUGGAAAAAGUAGCAUUUUGGGGGCAUGUAGUUACAAAGGAUGGAGUAGCGGUAGAUCCCUCAAAGGUUCAAGCAUGUGAAACGACAUUUCAAGAGUUGAAAUCAAGUCCUACUUCUGCUCCUGUGCUAACUUUACCGAAUGAAAGUGGAGAAUAUGAAGUUUAUACAGACGCAUCUAAGAAUGGACUAGGUUGUGUGUUGAUGAAAUAUGGGAAAGUGGUAGCAUGUGCUUCACGACAACUUAAGCCGCAUGAGAAGAAUUACCCGACACAUGACUUAGAGUUGGGGGCUAUAGUCUUGCAUUGA